UGUCUUUUCUGUUUUCUACAUCGUGCCGUAUAGUGAAUAAUACAAAUUACAAACGGACGUCCGAGUCACAGAAUAGAUAAGUCCGAAUGUUCCAUUAUUUAUUAUCAAUGCCGUUCGGUGGUUAUCAAUUGUUGAUAACUGACCAGUGAAAUAAAUAUAAAAACUGUAAAACGCACACGUUUAAUUUAAUGCGAUGUUGACGACAUUGUAAUAUUUGUAUUUGUAUUGUACUUUUUACUAUUUUAUUUUAUUCCUGGUAUAUUAUUUUAAUAUUAUAAUUUACCUUUACAAUAUUUCGGGAGGUUUGGCAAUAGUAUAAUAUUAUGCAAUUACAUUUUAUUCGUGCAAUCGUGUUACACCGUUUACCGAUGGUAUUUUGUGCGUGUAUCGCCAAGUCCAUAGGUAGUAAUAAGUGUUGCGAUGACCGUCGAUAACUGAUAAGUGGACAUUAACCAGUUGCAGUAAAUCGCGAUGGCGAUGUGUACGUCGUCUUCCGCGUAAUAUUAACGUCUCAACCAUAACCAUGUACUUUACGUUCGGAACGGACAUCGAUCCGUUCCUAGUGAAAAACUUCAAUGUGCAAUCCACCAUCGGUUUGGUGACGUUAUGCGUUGGUUUGAUAGCAUUAGCGGUGGUUUUCGAGUCACUGAAAACUGUACAUUUCAUGACGAGGGUUCACCGACGAUUAUUGUGUUGCAGUCAGCCGGAUUGCAAGGAAUAUAUUAAUAAAGAUGCAUUCAUGAUAACAUUUAAAAUGAAAGUUUUUGAUUGCAUUAGGACAUUGGGAGUUUACCUGUUUCAAAUGUUUGUUGGGUAUAUUUUAAUGUGCGCAAUAAUGACAUUCAAUGGGUACAUAUUUUUUGCUAUUGUUGGAGGAUAUGGUUUGGGAUACUGGUUAUUUGGCCUAACCAUGAUGCAUUUGUCUGCAAGGAAUUUAUUGAAAACCCAAGAGGCUCCGAACAGAUGUAAAAACUGUACUAGGAUCAACAUAAACAAAAAAGAUACUACGGAGGAUAGUAUCAGUACUGAUAUUAGUGACGAUAUAGUGCCAAGCACAAGUUCUGUUGUUGAAGUGGAAAUACAUAAUAGAUUAUAAUUUAUGGAAAUAUUAUUUUCUAACAUUUUAAGAAACAUGUAUAAACUUUGAAUGUAUAAUUAAGGUGUUUAAAAUAUUUUUGAUGUUACCAUUGAACCACAUAAUUUUUAUUCAUUUAUUGCCAAACCAAAGAUAUUAUUUUUCUAUUAAAUUAAGUUUUAAACUGUUGAUAUCAUACCAUUAGUUAUAUUGCAUUGAAGAAAUUGUAUAUUUAAGUACAACUGAUAAUUUAAAGAACAAUGGAGUAUUUUAAUGCAAGAAUAACAUAUUUCUUGAUUUGAACU